GUUAAAGUAGUUAAAUUUAUUCAUAAAAUUAUAUAAGUAAUUAAAAUUAUUACUUUUUGUUUUAAGUUAUAUACAUAACGGAUGUAUGACAAUAAUUAUUGGAUAAAUGACUAUCUAUAUAAAAAAUUAUGGAGACAAGAAUUUUAGACGAAGAACGAAAGUUUUAGUAAUGAUAUUAAGAAUUGGCAAAUAAUUUCAAGUGAACGUUUCGCAUACAUUCUUAAUAUUAAUAUUGGCAUAGUUUCUCCAAAAGUUGUCAAGACCUUAUCAUUCAAACAUUAAAAUGGACACUACCAUAUAUUAUGAAAAACCACUUUCUGAUUAUAGACGAAAUGAACGGCAAGAGAUGUUGAUAGCUGCUCCAUUAGACUUGUCAUUCAAAAAAGCAACCACAAUGAAUGAAUUGGCAAAUAAACGUCCACAAGCAGUACGAACGGGUAAAAUUCCGUUACGAACAGCUGCAGAUCGUUUUGUAACAUGUUCUUUGUGGUUAAGCAAUAAUUCAUUGACAUCAAUGUUCGGAUUUGAAAAUCUUGCACAAAAACUUCUCGAUGAUCCAUCGCACCUUAGUUGGCUCGAUCUUUCUUUCAAUGAGAUAGUACAAAUUGCUGAUGACAUUACACAUUUUCCGAAUUUAAAAAUUUUUUAUUUGCAUGGAAACAAUAUUUCGGAUAUAAAUGAUGUUGUAAAAUUGAAAAAGUUAUCAACUCUUAAAUCUUUAACGCUACAUGGAAAUCCCAUUGAAAAUCUUCCAUAUUAUAGAGGAUACAUCGUUCACAUUCUUCCACAAUUAACAACGCUAGACUUUUCAGCAGUACUAUCAACUGAGAGGAAGAAGGCAGCACCGGCUGGAUUUUACAAAAUAAUAUAUGGUAGUACAUGAAUAUAAAACUUUAUUUUCAAGUUUUGUAUUAAAUACACGCCUUCUUAAGUAUCA